CUUGGGCUGAUUGGAUGGAAACAGUCACACAGACGAGCCUUGUUCGAAACCCGACAACACGCCAUGGACCGACCGGGUUUUGGCGGGACUUCAUCCAUGAGUUUCUCCUCCAGCAUGCCAGGAAAUGGAUUCCCCCCCACAGAUCUAAGCGAUGUGGAGAAAGACAAUCUGAGGUUUGAACUUGCCAAGAUGGAAGAGGAAAUUCAGACUCUUAGGCAGGUGUUGCUGACCAAAGAGGGAGAUGCUGCAGAUAUCAGGAGGCAGCUGGGUAUGGGCCCUCUCAGUAACCUCAAAGAGAACCUGUCCAAAGGCUGGCAAGAGGUGCAGACCUCUUCACCGUAUCUCACAGCCUCUGCAGUCCUGGAUGACAUCAACAACUCCAACGUAUGUGUGAGGACCAAGGAAGGUAUUGCUCAUGCAGGUCAUGUGACUUCUUCUGCAUUGUCCAACAUGGGUGUGGUCAUCACCAGGAGGCUGACGCAGAUGAGAGCUCUGCCUCUUCCGAGCCCACCACGCACGCUGAGCCACACCAUGAGUGUGCCAUCUAUGAGACACUCCUCUACAUUCAAGUCUUUGGAGGAAAUGGUUGGCAGUGUGAAGAAGAGAAGAUGACUGGCAGUCUGAAACAUCUGGCUUUGAAAGAAGAUCCAUGUUCUUCACCACGUCAGAAUGAUGUUUUCCAGUUAUGUUGUUUUUCCGUGAAAUGUAAUAUACCAGCAACAGUACCAACAUGUUGCACUUUCCUAAAAAGAAAAGAUUUAAGCUGUGUAUGUUUCAUUUUAAAUGUCAUUGAAUGUGCCCUUGUUUUUUUUUUUUUUUGCAUUUUGUUCUCUUACUGUAUCCAAAGUGAAGUGAAUCAUGGAAUUUCAGUACAGUACAUUAUAUUUUAUAAACAAUAGGUGAGAUGGAUGAUGGCUAUCUGUGGCAACUGUUGGUAAGGAUUUUUAUAGCUCUUUAAAACCAAGCUAUGUAAUAAACUGAUUUUUACUCUUACAGCCCGAGCUAUAAUACAAUUAUGCUUUGGGUAUUAUUUCUUUAUUUCUUCCAAUAAUCGAAAAUAUUAUAAUUCUUUAUUGUUCACCAAGGUUGAAAAUUGUCCUUUUUGAUAUUUAGUCGGCGGCACGGUGGACGACUGGUUAGAGCUUAUUUUUCUUAGUUUUAUAUCCUGUGUGUUUUAAGUGAUUGAACCAGCACUGUUGUUUUAAAUGCAACAGUGGGGGGGGGGGGGAAUACGAUUCCAAAACAACACUGGACCUUUUGGAAUUUGGUCUUUAGAAUGUGGGCGUUACAUUGUCAGUAGUUUAUGGAAUUAAACAAAAACAUUCAUUUUA